AUUGAACCAUACAUUUUUCCUUUAUCUCUCAUUGUUUUUAUUAUUUUUCAUUCUCUUUCAAGUUUCAACGAUCUCUGACCUCCAUUUUUUCAAACAAUAUUCGCUGUUCAUAUAUUCUUUUUGGUAUAAAAAAGUUCGUCAUUGCAUCUUCUUUGAAGAAAGGAUCGUACUUAAUCUUCCCAGGCUCUGGUGUUUCUCUCUCAAACAUGUCGUCUGAAGAGAAAUCAACUUCUACGCUUACGAUUGGAGGGCAUUUUGGGACCCGCAAUUCUGAACCUGCACGAAGUGGAUCAUUUGGUAGGAUAAGCAGUGCCAGUUCUUCAAUAAGAAGGCGAUCUGUUAGUUUAUCUGGUCUUCAAACCUCUCAAAUAGAUGAUAACGUUGAAAGCGAGUCUGUGUCAGAGGCGGGCGAUAUUGGGGACAGGGCUCUUCAUAGCAACAGGCACAGCAGGAGUGGCAGCCUCCGCUUUUCCUUGGAUCACGUGUCAGAGAAUGGGGUGGUUAUUUCUAUUCCAGAAGAUACGCUAUCACAAUCCCGUGGGUUUAGCACUCAUGAUCCUGCAACAAUGAAUUCUGUCUCCCCCAUUCUGCCAUUGCCAGAAGAACUUCUUUCCCCUCUUUCAACUGAUCCCGUGGUGCAAGCUGAAAACAAUAUGCAAGAUGAUAAGAAAGAUAUGCCAAAGCUGUUGGAGUACUGUUCAUGUCUCAUUCAUUUAGCCGUUUUUGGCAUUUUGGGGGUCUUGACGAGGUAUCUACUGCAGAAACUUUUCGGCCCUGGCAUUGCCGGAGUUACAAGCAAUGAAAGCAUUCUUUAUCUUGACCUUCCUUCCAAUAUGGUUGGCUCUUUUUUGAUGGGAUGGUUUGGUGUUGUCUUCAAAGGAGAUAUAUCCCGUGUGUCCGACUUUUUAGCCAUUGGUUUGACAACUGGUUACCUGGGAAGCCUUACCACUUUCAGUGGCUGGAAUCAGAAAAUGCUUGAACUUAGUGUUGAUGGCCAUUGGGUUUCAUCUAUCCUCGGGUUUCUCAUAGGCUUGUUUCUUGCUGCCUACUCCAUAAUUUUUGGAGUCGAGACAGCUAAGGGUUUUAAGCGGCUUCUUAAAAAGAAAAUAGCAAAUCAAGAAUGUUGGAUUCUCAAUUCGAGCAGCAACUGGAGAGUAGACAGUUGCAAACGUCACGUGGCAGUUAUGGUGGUGUUCUUGCUGAUGUUAGGUCUGCUGUGGAGCAUGAGCGGCGUAUUGAUGAGAGAGGAGUUUAGCAGCGGCAGUGAUGAGGCUCAACUAUGGUUUGGUUGCAUAGUUGGGCCUCUGGGUGUGUGGACCAGGUGGUUCUUAGCUCGACUUAAUGGAUGCGGCCUAGGAAAUGCAGGUUACUUGAAAUGGAUUCCUUUUGGUACCCUGAUUGCCAAUGUCUCUGCAGCUUGCAUCAUGGCAGCACUAUCUACGAUUAGAAAAGCGGUAAAUUCCAAGACUUCUGAUACCAUCGUAAUAGGGACACAACUUGGGUUUUUGGGUUGUUUGAGUACAGUUUCUACAUUCAUUGCCGAAUUCAAUGCAAUGAGAGAAAGUAAGCAUCCUUGGAGAGCAUAUGCAUAUGCCAUAAUCACUAUAUGCUUCUCAUUUGCCUUGGGAACCCUCAUCUACUCUGUACCUGUUUGGACUCGAGGAUACAAAUAGGACUUUUUUUUUUUCCUUCUUAAUUAUGUUCUAGUCGACUUGUGACCGAGACGAAAAUCUAAUGUCACACCAUAAAUCUUAUACUAUAAAU